AUGGACGUCCACGCCAACGACACCUUUGUCAACUUCUACGCGGGCGCGCCGCCGCUCAACCGCCUCUCGUUCCAGCGCCCCAAGGCAGAUGUGCUGAACGCGCACCUCGAGCGAGCCAAGUUCCUGGUGUUCAACGAGGGCAAGCCGCUGGUGCACAAGGGCAAGAUCUCGUCGCCCUACUUCGUCGACCUGGCCGCCGUCAAGCCCCUGGUCGGCGAGGGCUUCCUUGCUCCGUCUCCUAAUGCUCCGAACGAGAAGGCGGAGGAGUCGCGCCGCGCCGGGUGCAUCCUAGUCUUCGUCGGCGUCGAUGAGCGCGGAUGCCCACCGGGCGAGGACCUCAACAUCCCGCACGGCACGCCGUACUUUGCGAUUGACGCCACGCCGGCCGGAACUGGUCUGUACGCUGUGAAGGGGGAUGCCGAGGACCUAGCGAGGCAGGGGCGCUUCGAGGCUCCCGCCGACUCGGAGUGGGCCGACGCGCGCAUGAGCGCGUCGCUCAUGGAUGCUUGGCACGCUGGCCUGUUCGCGGCCGCACGCCCAAUCGUCGACUGGAACGCGCGCAACCGCCACUGUCCCGCAUGUGGGCGGCACACUUACUCCCUCUGGGGCGGAUGGAAGCGCUCGUGCGUCACCGCCCGCGGGACGCCUGAGGAGCGCAAGUUGUGCUUCAGCAACACCGGGCUGCACAACUUUGCGCACCCACGCACGGACCCGGUCAUCAUCAUGGGCAUCCUUGAUGAGACAGGCGACCGCAUGCUGCUGGGCCGGAACAAGAGCUGGCCCAAGGGCAUGUACUCGUGUCUUGCUGGGUUUAUCGAGCCGGGCGAGAGCUUUGAGGAGGCGGUGCGGCGCGAGGUGCUCGAGGAGGCCGGUAUUGUAGUCGGCCCUGUGCGAUAUGGCUCAUCCCAGCCUUGGCCGUACCCGGCCAACCUCAUGGUCGGGUGCUUUGGGCGUGCUGCCGGUGGGCAGAGUGUUCGCCUCGACCUCGACAACGAGCUCGAGGACGCCCAGUUUUUCCCUCGCUCGGUUGUCGCGCGCGUCGCCACCUCCAAGAUGGGCUCCAAGUUUACCAAGAACGACUACAACCAGCUCGACAAGGCGCAGGAUGAUCGCGACGUCAAUGCGCCCGCUUUCAUCGACCCCCGCCCCAUGGACAAAUUUGAGAACUUUACCAAGUGCCCACCGGAGACGGCCAUUGCUGGCGUCCUCAUGCGCCAGUGGGCGCUCGGGACGCACGCGACUCACCUGGUUAGCAGCCUCUAG